AACAACAUAACCGCAAUAGUUAUGUUUUAUAAACAUCAUCAAUUGCAGUGCAAAUAAAAAAAAAAUAGCUGAUAUUAAACAUUACGGACUGUUUUAACUAAGGACCCAUACAUGAUGUCCAAUGAAAUGGUCUUUACACAUUUUAGUAAAAUUCAAACGAGUUUGAGUUUACUAUGGAGGGAUUCCCAUCAAAACCAAUUGUAUCCCUCCAACAUUUCUGUUGUUGUAUUUCAUUAAUUAACGGAGUGCGGAUAAUUAGUGUAAUGGCCAUUGUGUUUGGGUUGUCUUUCACACUUCUUGCCAAUUUGAUAAGCGACUGGAAUUUCGCUGAAAUCAUUGAGGUUGUCUGCCACAUCACUGGUAUGUUGUUCUACAUCUGGUUCAUGACUUUGCUCCUGGUUUUAAGUUUGGAUCUAAAAGUCCCAAGAAUGCUAGCUGUCUGGGUUGCGAUGACUCUGUCGGUAUGGUUGUUUCUUACCCUCUGCUUCUUCAUUGUAUGGCUGAUAAUAUAUCGUCACAAAAGUAUUGAUUUAUUUACCAUCACUGUGCUCACUUGUGUUGUAGCCAAUGUGUUCACCAUUUACAGUGUUUGGGUGUUGAAGAGUUACUUCUACAACUUGUCACAUCAGAUGAGAAGGUUAUCUCCAAGACCUCCUCUUCUGCAGACCCGUCCAAGAUUGGAUAGUGUAGUUUAUUUUUCAACCUUGGUAAACAUGAUAAUUCCACAGCCCAACACUCGUGAGAGUCAGGCAUCUACACGCAGCAAGCAAUCAUUCAGGCGAUACCACGGCAGCUCGAGGAUUGAAGAAGUUUUAAAAAUAAUCGAAGAAGACGGCAAAUUAGGUGAACACGAAUUACAAAGAUCAAGCCUGGAAAGGAGUUAUGCUACGACAGAUGGAAGUAAUUCUUUACUACCCAAAUCGGGAAAGAACAACUUCCAUGGACAACCACCAAGAGAAGAAACUGCACUCUUACUGGGCAUUAGGAAUUCGUAUUUCAACCAACGCAAGUCAACAGUUUCUUCGAGAGGGAAUUCGCCACACUCAAGUGAACGUCAGUUAGAAGAAGACGACCCAAACACAUUGACGGAACAUACAGAGAGUCUGGCACUGCAGACAGAAACCAAUCAGGAAGCCUCAACCUCAUCUGAACAACCGAGGGAUCCACCAGAUGGACAACCGUCCUCAUCAAAGGUUCAAUUUAACCCGAUCCUCAAAAUUCAUAACAUUGAUGACAAGCCGCUGAGAGCUCUUAAGAAGAAAAGAGUUUUGACUCCAAAAUCUCAUAAACAGUCAAAAACUAAUAAUGAACCAGAGUGAAGAAGAUCAUUUAAUUUACCAUCACAAGUAAGCAGUUUUUACCACAUGAACAAUUAAAACGAACUUGUUUUAAAGGCAUUUGAACAUAAUUUUUAGCUUCAUGUUACAUGUUAAGAUAGGUUAUGAUAAUGAAUAACUAUUGCGUUCAAUUAAAAGUACUAACACUGUAUCUGAGCCUAUUUCCUGUUUCCUAAUAGCUUAAUUUGUGGAAUAUAUAUAUGAAAUACUGAUAUAAAAAGUUUGAGAUUUUACACGAAAUAAAUGAAUUUCAA